CGCUGCCUUGACAUAGACCAAAGAACUGGAAUUUAUAUUAAUCGCACAUGAAUAAUGUUUGUUUACAUGAAAUUUAUACUCUUUUCCGCUCUACUGGUGAGUGCAACCACAGCGGCUGAUCCAACCAAACCCACAACCACUAAGCCCAUAGGCGUUACCACCGAAAUCUCCGAAUCAACAAAGGAGCCCCAAGCAAAUGUUGCGACAGGAUCUACUACACCAGAUGAUGGACCCACUGACCGUUCUCAUGUACAGCUCGAUAUGAUGGCGCAACGCAUGGACAUUAGCAGCAGUCUGGAUGACAACAAUGAGUAUCAUUACCUGUGCACAGUGGGCAAGAAGCGUACACAAAAUGUUAUGUGCUUCGCUGAGGACAAUACGCGCUGGGAAUCCCCACACGAUGUGAACUUGAAACUGCGCUGUCCCAAAUCCGGCACUGGCUAUGAGGUGGCAUUUGCUCAAGUAGAUGUUUGGAUGACAUCAAACGAUUUGGAUUGUCGCGUCACCGAGGGUGGUGUGGGUUAUGGUUAUGUCGGCUUACAGCUGACCGCCUAUAAAACCAAUACGUUCAGAUAUAUUGCCGAUGUGUUUUCAGUUUGACAAUAAGCUUAAUUGAUCGAGUGUAGUUGAAGAUAAUUUAUUAAAGUAAAAGUUUUCGAAAAAAA